AUGGCGACAGCAAGGCGAGACCGCGACAGGCCAAAGCAUGCUCCCACAUCACUCUACAAUCCCAACAAGAGGGUGCUGCUCCAGUACGACUCGGAUGAGGAAGGCGACUUGCAGAACACGGAACUGUUCGCACCACUCGAGGACAACGCCGCAGCCGACUACACCAUCCCGGAAUACCCUGACUCCGAAGGCGAGGAGGGUGUGCAAAAACCGUCGCUCGAGUCCGGCAAGCAGCACAGUGGCAAUGGCGAAGCAAAAGCCCCAGAGCCCGCCACCCCAGCGAACGUGGAUGACGAUGAAGACGGACCCAGGUCAGAGGCUCCCGAAUCCACCUGGGUCUACAGCGGUAAGGCGAAAAACCAAUCGACCGGCCAAUGGCCGGCGCUGGGCUCGGUGGCGUACGCAUGGGAGGACCAGGAGGAACCGGAGGACUUUGAGAGUGACGAGGACGAGGCAAUGGCGUAUCUACGAGGCGUGAGAUCUGAGCGGCGAACUAUGCCUGAAAUCCUAAGAGCAUCUCGACCUACGUCUGACGAAGACAUCUACAACAGCGGCAGAGGCGAUCACCGCGGUGUGCUAGACGACGGUGCGUACUAUGCCCGCGUCAGUCUUGCGCCAUCGCUAGCAGACUCCGCCCAGGGAACCAUCGACCCGCAAGAAGCUUUCACCAGAGCCCUCAAACGGCGGUUCUACUCACAUCGCCAGCAACUUCUCCUCCACCCAAGCGCAGAAGCUGUAGCCGCACUGCACGAUCGUCAUCCCAUCUCCUUCCCGCAAGCCAACAACAAGGCGUACGCAGACUGGCAUCGCCUCCUUCGAGGUACGCCACCACAGCUAGCACAGAUGCAAUCACUGGAGCAGUCUAUCGUCUUCAGACUCCUGGAGCUGCUACAGAAGCACUUCCUCAAACGCGAAAAAGAGAUCAAUUCCACGACAUCUGCAUGGAUUUGGGCUUUACUCGCACGCCUGGACGAUGUGGGUACGAUGGACAACGAUCAAGUCUGGAUUUUGAGAGACUUUGGGAAGAAAGCUGUGCUUGUGCAGCUGUCUUUCGACAAUCCGAUGGCAGCUGAGACGCUUGAGCGGGAGUCUGCUGUCGAAGACGACUCUGGUGUGAUCCUGAACGAAACAGCCACGGGUUUAGACAGCGGCGCCCCCAACAGUGCCGAGAUCAAACUGGAUGAAGACGCUGUGGACUCAAAGGCCGUCGGACCUGAGACUAAGGUGAGAUCUUCGGUCAACGAGACCUCCUUGAGUUUCGAACACCAUGGUCGAAAGCAGAUGACGGCCGCGACGAUGUUCACGAAGGAGCGUCUGCAGUAUCCGCCUGAAGUCGCUUCGGAGCGGCAGUGA